UGUCGACAAUGCAUAUUUUGGUUGCGAAUUUUGAAAAUUAACUAGAUUUAUACUUAGCAAAUGUUUAUUUACAGAGCUAUGGCAUUUUGCCUAAUAAUUCAAUAAUUAUCAUCAAUUGCAGAGCAAUUGUGUGAACUAUCUUAUAUCCUCUUAAUUUGAUUUUAUAUUAAAUUAGCAACUGCAAAUAUGAUUCGUAGAUUUUACAAUACUACUUGUGUUUUGUAUAGUACUAAGAAACAAGGGCUAAAAUUAUGUAAAAUGUUAAAUCCUAAAAGUAAAAGGCAAUGGUUUCCGUCCCAAUCAAUAGAUAUGAAUAUGCUGCCUACUCUCAAAAGUCUUACAAAAACCACAAAAGAACCGGAUAAUCGCGGUGUUCGCAGAAUGGCUGUAUUAAACAAGCUAUUUAUGAAGCAUGUUACUGAUAUUAUGUCAACUGGUACAGUUUCUAUGGACAUUGUGGGUCGCGGAAUUGAAAUAUCAAAGGUGCAAGUAACACCAGAUUUCAAGACAGUCAAUGUGUUUUGGGUGUGCAAGGGCAACUCCACUGAUGAGGAGACGGAAAGAGUUUUAAAGAAUACAGCUGGUCCACUAAGGCAUGAAUUAUCUACUCUUCGCCUCAUGGGGGAUGUACCUUAUAUAUGCUUUGUUAAAGAUAAGCAGGAAGCGCUAAUUGUUGACUUGGAUCGCCGUCUAGCCAUAGCUGACUAUGGUGAAGACUAUAUUCCCACAGAUAUUGGACAAAUUUUAAAGUCUGAAUUUACAUUAGAUUUAAAACUCUCUAACGAACUGAAGGCGAAAAUAAAGAAUAUAGAAGAUGAACAGGAAAUUGUCGAUGAUCCUAUACCAGAUAUGACGAAUAGUAUUUAUGGGCUCGACCAUUCGAAAAUAAUGAACAGACUCCUCGCCACUAGAAAAAGAACAUCGGACGCGUGGGCUAGCCUAGACUCAGACUCGCCCGUGAUAUCCUACAGGAAAUGUGACGAGUCAUCGUCUAAUAUAGACGUCAAGAAACAGAAGCAAGAGUUAGCCGAAUUUCUUCUUAAACGACAGAUUCUGCAAAAUAAACUACAUAAGAAACUGCGGGAGCGUGACGUGACGACCCCGAUAAACGACCAAUACGACGCGGAGGAACGACUUGAAGAUAUAAAGGAGUAUUGCGACGACUAUAGAGACGACUACGAUAUCGAAGUGUAUGGAAAUACUAAUAGUUUAGAGAGAAAUGUAGCGGACGAUAAAGUGUAGUUACGAUACGAUUUGUCGUCGAGUGUUAUAUAUUUGUAGUGGAUAUGAAAUUUAAAGAGUUGCCUGUAAAUAUUAUUUUAGAAGAAUAAAACGUGUAAAUAAACUAU